AGGCAAUGAUAUGAUAAUUUUUUUUUUAUGUUGAUAACAUUGUUUCAAAUACUAAUAAAUAGCUAGUACAGAAUAGUUAUGAAACCAAUUAGAAAUAUCAACACACUUAAUAGUAAUUGACAUCAAACCAGGUUCAGGUGAACAAGUGUCUACAAAUCAUGUCAAGAUUUUUUGUUAUAUUAUUUUCUAUCAUUAUAGUUGAAACAUUGAGUCAUCAAAGUCAAAACAUCAAUGACGAUGAAAAAUAUGAUACCAAGUUCAUAUUUGACUUUUUCAAAAAGAAACCAUCAAACCACCCAUUAAACAACACAAAUGCAUUCAUAUGCAAAAAUUCGCAUGACAGUAUAUUGCUAAAAGAAAAAGACCUCAAUCCACAGAGGCACCCCGGUUUUGAAAAUGGUAUGCACACUAUAAAUAUGUUAUCACAAAAAGAAAUUGAUUUAUCAGACCAAUGUUUUUCUCGUCCACAAUGCAAUUCAAAUGCUCCAUUUAGAACUGCAGACGGCAGUUGUAAUAACUUGCAGUUUCCCACUUGGGGAAAAUCUGACGUUGCUGUUACUAGAAUUAUUCAAGCUGACUACUCAGAUGGCAUAAAUCAACCGAGAAAGACUGUGUCAGGUGAAGAGUUACCAAACUCCAGAAUAAUACGAACAACUAUUUUUCCAGACAAAGAUCAGCCAUCACCAGAUCACACUGUAUACGUGACACAAUACGGGCAAGUUAUUGCUCAUGAUACAGAAUUGGCUGUAGAAAAAAAAACCAGUACUGGAAAAGAACCUCAAUGUUGUAAUCCUGAUGGAUCAUUCCCCGAGGACUUACCUGCAGAAUGUAUAUCAGUUUUUGUACCAGAAAAUGAUUCAGAGAUGAAUAAAAGAUGUAUACCAAUCACUAGAGUAAAAGAUACAUUAGAUAUAGGCUGUAACAUUAAACCUGUGCGCCAAAUUAUCGGAGUCACUAGUUUUCUCGAUUUAUCAUUAUUAUACGGUUCAAAUGAUGAAACGGCUCAAUCGUUAAGAACCUUUAAUGGUGGCAAGCUAAAGUUUCAGUUAGGUCCUAAUGAUAAAAUAUUCUUAAGCAAUGUUGAAAACCCAAUGAAGUCAUGUAAUGGUCAAGUCGAAAAGCCAAUUUGCUAUACUGCUGGAGAUACACGAGUAAAUCAACAACCCGGUAUAGCCGUUUCCACUAUAACUUUAUUGAGGUUACAUAACUUUCUUUGCGAAGAGCUCAAUACUAUAAAUCCACAAUGGGAUGAUGAACGGUUAUAUCAGGAAUCUAGAAAAAUGCUUAUCGGCAUGUAUCAACACGUCACCUACAACGAAUUUGUUCCAAUAAUAUUAGGUUCGGAUUUUGCCAAGCUUAACGAGCUAUUACCUCUUAAGAAAGGGUAUGACAAUCGAUACGAUCAGUCUUUAAAUCCUACAACAUUCUCUAGUUUUACAGCAACAGCUUACCGUGCUUUUCACAGCUAUAUUCAAAGAACAAUUAACUUAAUGAACGAGUUUAGAAAAACUACAAGCAGUUUACAAUUAAGUGAUGUUUUCUUCAAAUCUGAUUUGGUACAAGAAAAUGAUAACUUCGACAGUAUCACUAGGGGAAUGAUAACUCAACAUGCUCAAGGACAAGAUCAAUUUUUCACGUCACAGAUUAGUAAUUUAUUGUUCAAAAAAACAAACCCACUUGGAGGCUUAGAUCUUAUUAGUAUAGAUAUAUCUAGAGGACGAGAUUAUGGCGAACCAUCUUAUAAUCAGUUCCGAUUGCUGUGUGGACUUCCGUUAGCAAAAACCUUUGAUGACCUCCUCGAUCAGAUCGACCAAGAGAAUGUAUCAAUACUCGCAUCUUUGUACAAAGAUGUAAACGACAUUGAUUUUUACGUGGCUGGUAUGGUAGAAAGAUUAAAACCGGGUGCUAUACUCGGCCAUACCUUCCAGUGCGUAGUUGGUGAAAUGUUUUAUAGGUGGAAAUUCGGCGAUAGAUAUUAUUACGAAUUCAAAAAUUCUACAGGAGCCUUUACCCUCAAUCAACUAGAUCAAAUAAGGAAAACAACGUUUGCCCAAAUUUUGUGCUUAACAUCUGAUAUUCAAAUGAUACAGAGCAAUCCAUUUUUCAAUCUCCGCGAAGGAUACCAAGCUGUACCAUGUAAUUGUUUAAAAAAUAUUAAUUUUUCGGCAUGGAAAGAAUAAAACGACAAAUUAAAAAAUGAUUCUGUAGUACAUGAUAUUUAAAAAAAAAUAUUUUAAACGCAAUAUUUUAUUAUAAUAGGUAAUGAAUCUAUUUUUUUUAUUCAUUGAAUAUAAAGAUGCAUGCCGUGUAAUAAUUCAUUCAAUAAAUAAAAUACUGUACUAAUAAUAAUAAAAUAAUGUUUUUACAUAAAUGUUUUAAAAAUUGACUAUCAAAUUAUUUGUAUUUGUUUAUAAGAAAGGUUAUUUAAUUUA